AUGGGCCACGAACGUCGCUCACCGAGCCCGACGAAUUAUGGAGCAUUCGACUCGGAGUAUCGAAGGCAUGGAAAUAAUGACGAAACCGAAGGUCUUUUGGUCGUGGAACCAAGAGAGGUGCUUGAAGAUGAACCUAUGUUCGGCGACCCUAUGACGUCGUCGUCCGCGUCGCUAAAUACCGAUGUGCAAGAAGGUGUCCGUAAGAUUGAAGCUAUUAGCCGGACUUGGACUCAGAAAUCUUUGAUUAUAGCAUAUUUGGGUAUUUUUUUGAUGGCAUUUUGCACCUCGCUUGAGGGUCAAACUGUGAUGUCACUGUCCCCAUACGCAACAAGCUCCUUUAGCAAGCAUUCUUUAAUAUCUACUGUAUUGGUCGUUCAAAAUGUCAUCAACGCCGUUAUCAAGCCUCCAAUGGCAAAAGUUGCAGACGUUUUCGGUCGAUUUGAAGCGUUUUGUAUCAGCGUUUUUAUAUUCGUUCUAGGUUACGCACAAAUGGCAGCAUCGAAGAAUGUCCAGACAUAUGCUUCUGCACAGAUAUUCUAUUCCGCCGGUUCGACAGGUCUACAGAUACUCCAACAGGUCUUUAUUGCGGACAGCAGUGAUUUGCUCAAUCGUGCAUUAUUUGCUAGUCUUCCCGACCUACCCUUUUUGGUCACAGUAUGGAUCGGGCCUAUGAUCGCUGAAUUCAUGCUUCGCGAGUUAAAUUGGCGCUGGGGCUAUGGAAUGUGGGUGAUACUGCUGCCUGCAGCCUUCUUCCCCUUAGCUAUGACUCUAUGGCUUAAUCAGAGAAAAGCGCGCAAACUUCAUCUCAUAGAGCCCAGAUCUUGGAAAGGGAAGGGGCUUAAAAGUAUGCUUCGUAGUGCGUGGUACGAACUGGAUCUUUUUGGUCUGGUUCUACUCUCUGCUUCGCUCAUCCUCAUUUUGGUACCAUUGACCUUGGCCGCCAAUGCAAAAAAUACAUGGCAGAAUGGAAGUAUCAUCAGCAUGAUGGUUAUUGGAUGUGCAUGUUUGGUCUUGUUUCCUUUCUGGGAGACUUCAAACCGACUGGCACCUCACCCACUGCUUUCAUUGAAACUUCUUAGGCAGCGAACGGCGCUUGCUGGAUGUGCUUUUGCAUUUUUCUACUUCAUGGCUUUCUACUUCUCCGUGCAGCCUUACCUCUACUCUUAUCUUCAGGUUGUUCAAGGUCAAUCUGUUGUCACCGCUGGCCGUGUGACCCAAACUUUCGCCUUUACAUCUACGGUCUCUGCGGUUAUAAUCUCAUUCUUCAUUAAAUAUACUGGACGAUAUCGCCCUUUUGUUACAGGUGGCUGUUUUGUCUAUAUUGGCGGGCUCAUUCUGAUGCUAUUCACCCACAACGAAGGGAGCAGUGUUAUUCAAACUCUUGUCAUUCAAACAAUUAUUGGCUUUGGAGGCGGUCUUGUGAACGUUCCAGUACAACUGGGCGUCCAAGCCUCCGCGAGUCAUCAAGAAGUGGCCGCCGCUACAGCUAUGUUCUUGACAGCUCUUGAAAUGGGAGGCGCCGUUGGCUCAGCCAUCUCAGGCGCUGUGUGGACACAUUCUAUUCCAAAGAAACUUCAUAACUAUCUCCCUCCUGAGAGCCAAAAAGAUGCGGAUGCGAUAUUUGGGCAGUUGACCAAGGCGCUUUCAUAUCCUAUGGGAUCCCCAACACGUAUUGCCAUAAAUCGGUCGUACGAAGAAACAAUGGGAACUCUUUUGAAAAUCGCGGUUUUCGUGACCAUCCCGUUGAUCCCACUUAGUCUGAUGAUGAAGGAUUACAGACUUGACAUGAUGAUCCAGAAAACCAGAGGCAAGAUCAUCGGCCACCCUGAUGUGGAAGAUGAAUUUGACGCUGGUAGCCGUGCUAUUCCUGGACUAUCAAGACCGAAUUCACGGCAAUGA